AUUUUAUUUCGUGCGUGGAGGCAACCUAUCCUUUUUGCAAAUCAAAGUGAGCAUCGUCGGUACAUGUUGAGAAAUAAUAUAAAGUAUUGUACAACGUUUCAACCUACAUGUACCUUCAUGUGACAGAAUGCCACGACGUAGAGCGGUUAAAAAGGAAGAAGACAAUUCUGACAGGAGUGUUGUACCAGACUUGUCGGCAUUUGCUAAAAGUUCCAAAACUCGCAAAUGUAAGACUAAGAAGGUGUCUGAAUACUUCAGUGCAGAUUCUGAUACUGAUAAUCACCUUGGAAACAAUACUUCUGAGAUCCCUAAACUAGAUGGACCUUAUGAAAAAAGGGGAACUAUUGCAUCAAAAGUAAAAAAACUCAAUCAAAAUAAUCUCGUUGAGACUGGUAAGAAUGAGGUCAAUGAACAGAUCUCUGGAGACAAUAACAACAGAAGUAGAGGCAGAAAAAGAAAGUCUGAUGAUGUACAGGUCAAGAAAACAAGUCAAGUUAAUGAUGCAAACUGUGCAAACACAAAAGAGGGUGUUGUCAAAUCAGGACAGUUGAAAGAAAGUAAGAGAAAAAAGAAAAAUGCUGCUAAAAAGCUAACAGUUGUUGAGGAAACAGAUAAACAUUUAGAAAAUAAGACAACUAGAAGAAAGAAAAGAACUGCUGAUGUAGAUGAUCUUGAAAUUACUAAACCAAAAAGGACUAGGGGUAAAAGUUCCGUGAAAGAUGGGAUUGCAGUAGUUGGAAACAAAAGAUCUGAACGUAAUAAACCCAAAGAAACGAUAGUGAAAAUUGCCAGAAAGAAUAUACCAGUGGAAGUCGAAUCUGAUGAUGAAAGCGAUGAUGAUUUCAUGGAUGUAACUGACUCUAAAGAUAUGAAUAAAGAUGAAAGUGAUGAUGACUUUGAUGAAGUUGAUAGUUUGCCUGAUCAUGUUGGUGGUUUCACAGCAAAAACUGAGUUGAACUUUGAUGCUCCUCUUCCAAAAUCGGUAGAUCAUUCAGACGCAAUGGCGGUGUUACUUCACAUGGAGGGAGAAAUUAUGCCAUCAUCAAAUCAACCCAUCCCUGCCAUCCCAUCAACAUCUAAAUCUCAUGCAAGGUCAGUCAAAGGUCAAACAAGGCCAAAGAAAGAUCGGAAAGUGUCAGGGAAGAGUCCUGAUGUGGAUGAAGAUGUCGAAGAGAUGGAAGAUUCAUCUGAGGAAAGUGAAGAAGAGUGGGAAGAUGUAAAAGACCACCAUACAAGUCCAAAGAAGUCCCAGUUGCCAAAUGGACCAGUGGAAAUCAUUCUUGAGGCUCCUGUUUUACACAAAAAGAAGAAAAAGAAGGGCUUUGAUCUGGAAACCUACUUUAGAAGGCAAAUCAACAAAUUCAAGAAGGAAUUGGCCAUUGACAUUCAUAAGGUCCACCUGAUGUGUUUGUUGGCAAGGUGCCAGUAUUUGAAUUCCUUGUGUCAGGAAGAGACCAUUCGGGCGCAGGCUUUCUCUAUCGUUAUGGUUACCAAGGAGUUACAGUUGCCGGCUCCUGCCAAAUGUAAUGAAAACCAGAUUGCCAGAGCAGUUGUGUGGAUGAAGUCAAACAAAAAGUAUCUUACAGAAGUUUUUGGGGAGUCCUUUCAGCCUGAGACGAGCCAUCUGAAUACUGUUUUGAUCUGUGUGGUGCUGUUACGUCAGAUUGGACUGUUGACCAGACUUGUGACGUCCUUACAACCUCUGCCACUGAAGGAGUGUAGUGCCAAGGGCAAGGCAGCAAAGUCAGGAAAGAGAAACAGUACUGAUGGUAAGAGAUCGACCAAAGAGAAAUUGGAAGUAAGAAAGGAGACCAAGAAAAAGAAGGGAAAGAAGAAGAAGGUGGAAUCCGAUUCUUCACCGGAAUUGUCUGACAGUGAUUUUGAGGAAGACAGUCUUCCAGAGAAGAGCAAGAAACUACGGCGUCAGACAUCCGGAUCCAAAAAUAGGAGCUUGUUGCCUACCAAUGAUGUGGAUGGAAAUACAGCUUGUGAUCAUUGGGUGGAAGUGUUUGUUGCUAAGGAACAAAAAUGGCUAAGCAUAGAUGGGGAGAGCUUGCAAGUGAAGAAACCUUAUGAGCUAGAGAACAGAGUAACUCCACCACUGGCGUAUGUGAUUGGAAUAUCUCAAGAUGGCCACAUAAAGGAUGUCACAGCCCGCUACGCCAGCCAGUGGUUGACUGAAACCAGAAAACUACGAGUGGAUAGAGACUGGUGGGGGGAAACGCUGGCGCCGUACAGCAGCCAAGACAAACAAGCAGACGAACAAGAAGAUCAACAAAUGGCAGCAAGUCUACAACAGCAACCCAUGCCAACCAGUGUGGGUGCUUUUAAAAGUCAUCCUCUGUACGUGUUACGAAGACAUCUUCUCAAGUUUGAAGCCAUCUACCCAGACUCUGCCAUUCCUGUGGGCUACAUACGAGGGGAACCAGUGUAUGCUAGGGAAUGUGUUCACGUUCUUCAUUCCAGAGAAAAUUGGCUGAAAGAAGGCAGGGCUGUAAGGCUUGCUGAAGAGCCAUACAAAUUUGUUAAAUCUAGACCAAAAUGGAACAAGCCAAAAAAUGACCCUGAGGCUAAAGACCUGGAGAUAUUUGGAAAAUGGCAGACAGAAGUGUACAUUCCCCCACCGGCUGUUGAUGGCAAGGUUCCGAGGAACGCACACGGCAAUGUUGAGAUGUUCCUGCCUUCCAUGCUUCCUGCUGGCACAGUCCACCUCAAACCUUUUCCUGCAUUAAAUAGGAUAGCGAGGAAGCUAGACAUUGACUGUGCCCCUGCUAUGAUUGGCUGGGACAACCACUGUGGAUUCUCUCAUCCCCUAAUGGAUGGCUGGAUUGUGUGUGAGGAACACAAGGACAUCCUGAUAGCAGCCUGGGAUGAGGAGCAGGAAAUUAUCAGGGAAAGGGAACAACAGAAACGUGAGAAGCGAGUUUACGAAAACUGGAGGAAACUUAUCCGUGGUCUUCAGAUUCGGGAAAGGUUGAAAAACAAAUAUGACUGGGAAGAGGAGUCCAAGCCUGAGGACAAUAAAGCGGUGGAAAACAAAGCCACAGAUGGCUUAUCAGUUGAAAAUGAUGAAAAUGCUGGUAAGAGUGACUCCCAAAGUCAAAACACCAUCACACCAGAGAAGGUCUCAGAUGUUUGCAACUCCUGGCCACAAAACAGACUAACAAAUGCUGGUAAAACUGUAUUAGCAGGAAAGUAGGAUCUGUGACAGCCAAAGAAGGCUUAUCAGUCAAAAAUCCUGGUUCGAGUGAUUCUCCACUUGAAAAUUAUACUACACCAGAAAAGGCCACAGAUGUUUGCAACUCCUGGCCACAAAACAGACUGACAACUGCUGGUAAAACUGUAUGAGCAGGAAAGUAGGAUCUGUGAUUGCCAGAAAUCCUGGUUAGAGUGAUUAUUUAUGUGAAAACUAUACUACACCAGAAAAGGCCAUGGUUGUUUGCAACUCCUGGCCACAGAAUAGACUGACAACUGCUGGUAUAACUGUUUUAACAGGAAAUAGGAUCUGUGACAGCCAAAGAAGGUUUAUCAGUCAAAAAUCCUGACUAGAGCAAUUUACAAUGUGAAAACUACACUUCAUUAGAAAAGGCCAUGGAUGUUUGCAACUCCUUGCCACAAAACUGACACAUGUUAGAAGGGAAGUAGGGCUUAUCCCUGCUUAGUGACAGUAUUGUAGAAAAAUGUUGAAUUGAAUGACUAUUUUAAUGUACAUGUAAGUAAUACAUCACCCCCAAUGAAAACCACCUCUACACCAGAGAAGACCACAGAUAUUUGCUACUCUUGGCAACAACAGCUUGGUGUUUUGGUUGGAAAAUAGUUUUUUUGACAGAAUCAUUGUUAAGGAAUAGGUUUGUUACAAAUGUGAAAAAGGCACAUGCAAAACAAUAUCAUCCAAUAUAACUGUUAACUAAGUUAAAAGUCUCAAAAAGUUGUGAACAUUUAUGUGCCUUACAUGCAAAAAUGAUGUGACAUGAAACAUAGUUGUGUUGUGAGAAGGAUCUACCUCUCUAACAGUUUUGUAAAACAUGUGUCUGAAUCAACAAAAUGAUGUUUACUUUAUAGAUAAGCAGAUUUUAUUAUUGUGGUACCUUGAAGUCUGAAAUUAUUUUUAACCCAUAUACAAACUGGUUUAACAGAAAAGCUUGACUGGUUUUUAUCAGUAACUUUGUUGAAAUGUGAGCCUUAAUUGAGAUAAUGUACUUAUCCAUAAUUAUGUUAAAACAUAAACUCGUGAGUAUGUACAUCAGGGGCUGUAUUCAUAAAACAUCUUAGGUCAUUCCUUAACUUGAGUCAAUUUGUGAUAAAAGAAAAAAAUAUGCCUUUUUUUCCAAAAAAAUAAUAUGUAUCUUGAAUCAAAUCAAUGAAAAUUAAGUAAUUCAGAUACUUAGUAUUAUGAAUCAUAUGAUAAGUGAAAUACUUAACUUAAGAAAAUGACUUAAGUUAGGAAAUGAUAUUUUAUCAGUACUGGCUCAAGGAUGAUGAAAUUUAUAAUUAAUCCUUAAAUUAAUCUCAGACUACCAUAAAUUCCUGUAAGUUAUUUCUCAGGAAAAAUAACUGAACAAAUCAUUAAGUUAAGUCUUAAAUGAUUGAUAGUCUAAAUGCUUUUUUCAAAAUACUAACAAAGAAAUUCUUGUUACAUUUUAGACUUUGCAUGGCAAAUGUAAUGUACUGAAUGACGUUCUACAUGGAAUAAUGUCAAACUUGUAAUUUAAUGUAUUCCCAAUCGACACAUACUGUAACGUUCUGUCACGUAUCAGCAUAUAUAUUUGUUAAGUGUUUUUUUCUGCAAGACAGUCGUGUUUAAAACAUUGUGAAGCAUCUUUAAAAUGAUACCAAUGACUUUGAAAACAAUUUUAAGAGGGGUCUUAGUAUUGGCCCCUUUAUCAUGCCAUUGGCCUGAAUCCCUCAGGUUUUAUAAUUCCAACAAAUUCAAAGUUUAGAAUUUCCAGCAUCAGGAUUUUCGGUCUUUUAUCAUUCCUGGUACAUUGAAUACAAGAAAAUCAUUAUUUUAACCUGAAUGAUAUUCCUUUUUUUUACCUCUGUGUUCAAAUGUAUA